AUGGAAGCCAUUGAGAAGAGUUCAGGUAGCUUUGUUGCUAAAUUAGGUGGACUUCUCACUACUGAUGAUUUUUUGGAUUCAUUGAAAAUCAUUGAAGUUGGAUUUGGAGAGUUAGAAAGGAUUCAACUGGAUACAGAGCAAGAAGGAGUAACAGCAUUUGUGCAACUAUCAGAACCACUAUGUGUUAUGGCAUUUAUUAAAUAUAUGGAAACAAAAGGUGAAUCUUAUAAUCCAUUGUUAAAAGAAAUGUGUCAUAACUUCCAAUUUCCAUCACACUGUGGUUGGCCUUUUGAAACAUUUUUAAUAAAACCACUUACACAAAUGUUCAAUGAAAACAUUUUAUCAAAUAAUAAUAUUGUUAAAAAGGCCAUUGGCAUUGAUCAAUGUCCAGAAAUUUUUUCCUAUCCUAUAACAAUUGUUAGACCAGACCAUAAAAUAAUUCUUUGUGAACAAGGUGAUGAAAAUUUUGGUCUGGAUCAAUUUCUUGGAUCUUCAAACUCAGCAUUCUUUGUUCCAGAAGAUACAGCUGGUCCAGAUUUGGUUUUUAUAGUUCAAUUUAAAGGUCCUGAUGAAAACUAUAUAGAUGUGCCAGUUUUUGUUCAAGCAAAACUAUCAGUGAAUAUAAAACCAGCAAAAGCCAUUAGAACAACAGAUCCUAAUGCAUUUUAUGCAUAUCAAAAGAAAGAAAAUGAAUUAGGCACUCAUAUUUCAGAAUUAAUGAUUAUAAUUGAUAAUGAUGAAGCAAAACAUUUUUUCAAGCAAGAAGAAUUGAAUAUCUUGAAUGCUUUAAAGAAAUGUAAAGCUGAAUAUAUCACAUUUAAAGAGAAAAUGAGCAGUCCUGAAGUUAAUUCUAAUAAUAUCUCUGAACAGAUAGCCGGUACAUCUGACGAUGCAUCACCUAUUCACUCAGAGGCUAAAUCAUGGAGGAUAAGAAGAUCGAUGAAUUUCUGGAUUCAAAAAAUAAGGAAAUGUAAUGGAGCUCCUGCUUCUCGAGUCUCCGAUCCAUGUAACUGCACUUCUGCUAAAAAAGUCUAUGCAUUGUUUGAAGGAAUAGGAAUAAAUAUAAUUAGACAAGUAACUUAUAGUGCGAAUUCUAUUUCAAGCCUAACAGACAUUUCAGAUUCAAAAUAUUAUAAAUUGGAUGCAAAAAAUACUCCAGCCAAGGUAGAUGUCUUGACCAAGUCUCAAGUCUUUAAUGCCAUUAACAAAUUAACCAUGCAUUUCGCUGACUCUCAAAACUUAGACCUAUACUUUAGCAUAGAUAAAGAAGGUGGGCAUCAGAUUGAUGCCCAUUGGGUUCUCAGUUUACAUUGUCCACUAUAUAGAGAAAAUCAUACGAAUUUGGACA